AUGCCGUGGGGGCUGGACGCCUUGGCGCGCGACCUGACGCAGGCCGCCACCACAGCGCUGGUGGUGCGGUCGGGCGUCCCGUCGUGCCCCGACUGUGUCUGCUCGCCCGCGCUGACGUGCCCGCCGCUGACCUGCACCUGCCCUGGGGGCGAGGGGUAUCUCAACCCCACUGCCGCAGAGGGGUACUCGGCGGCAGCGCUGGCGGUGGUCGCCGGCGCCGCGGGCGCUCUCUGGGCGUUGCACCCCCGGCCGGCACCGAGCGCCAGCGCGCCGUGCCCGGUGGCGGCGCCUGGGACGCCCGCCACGGCGCUGGCGGUGCCAGCUGAGGCGGAGGCGCUGGAGGACGUGCAGGCGGUGGCCGCGGCGCAGGUACACCACGAGCGGGUGAUCCUCUACGGGACUGGCUACGUGCUGACGCCAGACAUGGACGACUACGGAGAAGGGCUGACGCCGGACGUGGACAUCCACAGCGUGCGGCCGAUCGCGGGGCAGGGCGGCCGCGCCGGCGGGAUCGUGGAGGCUCGGACGUAUCGUUUCCGCCGCCUGCCGUCGCCGGCGGAGCUGUGGGCUGCGCUGCGGAGGGGAGUGGCCGCGGGGUUCGGCGUGCUCCCGGACUCGCCCUUCCUGCUCGAGCUCUCGGCCGCGAACUGCGAAGGGCAUCCCGCCGGGCCGCUGGGGGUCGCGGACCCAGUCGCGGCCCUGGCCCCGGCGGUGGCCAUCGCGGGCCCAGCGGCGGCGCCAGCUGAGGCGGUGCCUGCUGCGGUGGUCGGACCGCCAGUGGCCGCCGCGGCCGCUGGCCCGGCCGCGCCGGGGGAGGCCGUGGCGGCUGCCCCUGGGCGUGCGCCAGCGGUGCCUGACGGCGCCCCCGUCCCGCCGCUGCCCUCUGGGGCUGCGCCGCCAGGCUGGGUGUCGGUGGCCGCGGAGGACGUCGACGGGCUCGUGGCGUUCGGCGCGGAGCUACAGGUGGGUGUCGCCGGGGGAGUGCAGCUGGUCUGGCGCUCCGGGCGCCGAGGCGGCUUCGCGCUCCCCGCUGGAGGCUCCGCUUUCGGGGUCCUGCUGCAGCAGAGCGAGGUGGCGUACUUCAGGCAGGAGUACCGAGGCAACGACGCGAGGACGCUAGAGGUGCCCGCCGCGUCUGCGGCGUCAAGCGGGCCGGCACGUGACUGGCGCGAGGUGGUCCAGCUGUGCCACCAGGAGCCGGUGGCCGACUUCGCGGUGCCAGGGCCGCGGACAGCCGCAUGGUGUGCAAUGUACCAGGUGAAGGAAGGUGGUCCGGCGCUCCAUCAUGAUAUGUGGAAAAGCCGCAGGAAGCUCACCUCGACGGACUUCGGCGUCGACAUGCACGACACGCUCUCGCGCUUGAUUGAGGCCAUGGGCGUGUCGGACCACCUGGACGUCUUCAACUUGGCGAGCGCCGAGAUCGGAUAUCGCAAGCUCCAGUUGAUUGAGCAUUACUGGGACGACCGCAGUGCCGAGCAGCAGCAGAACAACAGCAAGAUCCCCUUGGAGGAGAGCCAGGCCUUCAUGGGCGGGGCGCGCGCGCCUUCGAUGGUGCGCACCGAGCUGCUCGACACCGCGUCGAAGGAUUUGGAACGCAUCUCAAGCAUCAAGAAGAACGCCAGGAAGCUGAGGGAGGAGCAGGCCGCCGCCGCUAAGGGCGAGCUUCUCACCGAGCUCGUCGUCGCGCUCAACCAGCUGGAUGCCGGCUCAGACCUCGUUCGCAGGCAGUGCGAGGGCGAGCCCAGCAGGAUGCAGCAGCUAUGCCUGGAGCGCCUCGCCGAAAGCUGCGCGGCGAUGGGCGCUCCGCCUUCUGAUUUGUCGUCCGAGGUGGCCCUCCGGGAGCUCCAGGUCGGCGCCGCCUACGGGGACUGCGACCCCGUCUCGGCGGCCCCCUUCGUGCGCGACCUCGUCUCCUUGCCGGCUGUCGGUGGCGCCCCGGCGCCGCUGGACCAGCUGCUCGGGAAAGACGGUCCAGACGUCGUGCGGAGGUUAAUUUCUUCCAAGGUUUUGUCAAAUCAUGAUGCCGCUGAGGCAAAGAAGGACUCGGGUUUUGCGCGGCCGUACCUGGGUCCAGCUCUCCGUCGGCGUGAAGACUACCUCGCCUUCAUCAGCCGACCGAGCAAAGCUAACAUGCUGGAUUUCAGGCUCGACGGGGACGACUUCGAAGAGGUCGGGCUUUUCACAGUUUGGAAGACAGACGGUCGCCAACGUUUGGUGAUCGAUUGCAGGGGAUCUAAUUUGCAUUUUGCAGAACCUAACAAGACCAGCCUCGCCAGCGGGGCCAGCUUCAGUCGCCUGGAGCUGCAAGAGGGUGAGCAGUUGUGGACAGGGGGCGUGGACAUAGCCGACGCUUUCUACAACAUGGUUUGUUUUGUGAACUUCGACGUUACUUUGCUCUUCCUCGAUUGCGUGCCGCUGACCUUGGCCUCAAGGGAGGGAGCUUUCACGGCCUACGUCGACAACUUCGUCGCCUUCGGCACGGGGCCCGAGAGGCCUGGUGAGAUGUUGGACGCAGCUCGAAAAGCCUUUGAAGGUGUGGGCCUGCCAGUGCACCCGACCGAGGCGCCCGUCACCGUUUCGGAGCAGCUGGGCUGGGUCUUGGACGGCGAGCGUGGGGCCUUGCGUCCCAAGAGUCGGCGUGUCUGGAGAUUGAGGCUGGGGAUUCUGGAGCUCUUAAAGAAGGGUUACGCCACGGGUCGCCAGAUCGGAAAGGUUGCUGGACAUUAUGCUUUCAUUGCUCUCGCUCAGAGGCCUAUGCUCUCCGUCUUCAGUGCCGUGUACAGUUUCUCCCGGAAGUACUUCUCCCGAGAGCCUGAGAUCGUCGACGACUUCGAGGGGGUGAGCACGGAGGGCGAGAGGUGGAAGGCGCAGGAGGUUUCGAGCGAGCUGCACGGGGGCAGGUGGCAGGUGGUGUCUAGUGGAGGCGUGCAGGCCUCCGUCCGCUGGAUCCCGUCGGAGCGCAACGUUGCAGAUGCUCCGUCGCGCCGCCACAUCCCCCUCGGCGCGUGGCUGGGCGGGGGCGCGGGCGGUGGCGAGCCAGACCUCGACCGCUGGGACGUGCGAGACGGGGGCCUCCGCAGCCAGCGCACCGACGUCGCGGCCGCGGGGGCGGAGCUCGAGGAGCUGGCCGUCCGCGGCGCCGCCAGCGGGGGGACCUUUCUGCAGAGGGCCUCGGUGACGCCGAGGACGGUCGCGCAGUGCGACAUGCUGUGGCAGGACAUCCUUCGGGCGUGGGCAGCGACUGCGCGCGUGACCGGCACCGCCCGAGUGCCCAGCGACGACGACAUGGACGGCCUGCUGGCCAGCUGGAUGUACCGCGAGUACUUGGCCGGCGAGCUGUCGCAGCGCGGGGCCAAGGCGAUGGCGGCGGUGAAGUUCUUCCGGCCGCAGUUCAGCCGCACGGGCAGCCUCGCGCUGCCGCGGGCGGCACAGGUGGUGUCGCUGAUCGCGCUCGAGCUGGUCGCCGCGGGCUUCUGGGCGAUGGCUGCGUGGGUCGUCAUCGCGUUCCACCGCUACCUGCGGCCCAGCGAGCUGGGGCGGGUCACGCCAGAGAUGAUCGUCGCGCCCACCCCGGGCACGCACGUCGCGAGCUGGGCCAUUGUCCUGCGCCCGUCCGAGGAGGAGGUGAGCAGCAAGACGAGGGAGUUCGACGAGACCGUGGUGUUCGACCUCGCGGAGUUCAGCUUCCUCCACAGCGUGCUCGCUUUCCUCAAGAGGAGCGCGCCGCCAAGGCAGCCUGUCUUCGGUCUCCUGCACGCGGACCUCGUCCGCAACUUCAGGGCCGCGGCCGUGCGCGCCGGCAUGGACCCUACUUCGUUGGUGAUUGCCGAGCGCCGAGAGUUGAAUAGCGCAUCCCUCGUGCUCGGCGGCGCGGCCGCCGGGCGCCGGCGGUGUGCCCUGCUGAUGGACAGCGACGUGUGCGGCCCCUCGUUCUGGGAGCCCGCGCUGGAGGUCGUCCGGGGCGAGGGGGCGCUGGUUUCCGCGAGCAUCUUCAUCGCAGAGGGCACAGGCUACACGGAGGACAGCGACUGGGGCAAGAGGCUGCGUAGCCUCGAAAUCGGCACGAAGGUAGUGCCGGCUAAGGAGGCCAGCAUCGAGCUGUGCGCGGAGGGUUUGAGACUCGUUGUCGAGGACGGGGUCGACGUCAUCGCCUUGGCCGUGAAGGCUGAUGAUUUUGGUUUCUUGGACAAGCUGCGCAUGGCGGGCAGGCACUUCCGCCGUGCGUCUGCACUCUUGUUCAUCGCCCUCUACGGCCUCCUGGUGGUCUUCGAGUUCGACGUCAUCCUGCUCUUCGCCAUUUUGGCGCUGCACGUGGACCUGGUGCUAUGGGUCGCCCGCGUAUGA